GCGCCUCGGCUCACUUCGCGAAGACUGGGACAGCUCUCUUGCUCCAGUCUUCUGGAAAGUGCCAUUUCCACUGCCAUGAGGUCUUUCCUCAGCGAGAUCGAGAAGCAUGCCACCGACGACGAGAAAGCUGCCUGGCACAAGACGGUCAUGGAAACUUUGGGAGCCGUGGAGAAGGAAGCUCGGGAGAAGCUGAGCGCUGAGAACAAGUUGGAGAAGCAUCAGCUGCUUCGCCGAGCUUCCACGAAGUCUUUCGGCAAGGGGCCGCGAUCAGACGAGGACUCAGAGAAUGCCACGCCGAAGUUGCGAUCCGGAACAUCCAAGCGCCGCCGGGGUCAUGUUGAGGAGGAGUCCGACAGUGAUGGUCCUCUCAGUUCUCUUCGCCAGAGUUCCAGGCGUCCUAGGUCGAGUGCAUCGCACAAUUUCUGGGAAGCCACGAACGAUUCGGAUAUGCAACAGGAUCGGUUCAAGCGACGAGACUCUAAGUCGAAAGCAAUCGACAAGAUCGCGGACGAUAUGCCCAACUCCGUCGAGCAGUACUUGGACUCGGAGUUGAAGACCUACUUCUCCAUGUCCUCCGAUAGGACCUUGUUCCUUCAAGUCUUGGAGAAAGACGGCAUUGCUCACUCCUGCAGUGCAGCUAAGGCGAGCAUCCGCGAACUGCUGCAAGCAGUGAAGGAUGGAUACGUGCCUGUGCAGGACAUGGUGGGGGAGGAGUCCAAGGCCAUGCUGGGCAACAUGUCGUGGGUUGGACGUCAGUCUGCUCGCCGCCUU